UAUGGCGGCUGUCGUUCUAACAGCCGAUAUGACGAUUCAAAAGAAUUCUAAGAUUUUAGUGAAUGUAGAAGAAGCUCUUGCAGAUUUAAUAGUGGUGUCCUAUCAAUCAGAGAAUCAAAAAUUUCAGGGUGUGCUCCUAGAUUCAAACAAGGGUAAUUUACCCUUUGGAGUGUACAAUCUCCAUCCAGCGUUCACGAAGAGCGACCCCUCUAGUACGAAACAAGAUGAUAAGCUACAUUCCGUCAGUCAGAGGUUCUCGUAUGAGGAUCCGGAUUACGAUGACAACACGCAGAAAUCCAAGAAACAGAGCAAAGCGAAGCCCCAGCCGCGACAAAAGAUGACGGUGAGACUUCGCCCCCGUAAAGUUCUGUGUUCCAACUGCCAGGGGAUAUGCAACGAGAACAAUGAAAACGUGGACGUGUCCAAAAAACGCAAGAUAGAAUCAGACGAGGACCUUUCCAAAGAUGGCCCCUCGUCGAAACCCGAAAAAAAAUACCUCGCGGGCGGCACACUCAUACCAAAACUUUCCAGACUGCAAUCUAGCGAAAUAACGAGUGCCACAAAACGGACAAACCCAAAGUCGAGUGACAAAGUGCGAAGUGUUAAGACCUCCCCGUCGGAUGACGAAUCCACGAAAACUAGGGAGCUGGCGUUCGUGAGUGUGUCGGACAGUGCGGAGCUAUGUGAUAAAGACGAUAAAAGUGAAGAUAAUAAUACAUUUAGUAGCCUAUUUUCUAGUGCGAGAACCUUAAAAAUUUGUUUCGGUGAAGGGGAGGGCACGGUCGUAAAAAUACCUCCCCUGUCCGGUGAUUACAAUGAGGACUCUGGCGUUUCUUGUGAUAUGACUAAACCCGUCAAAAUAGAAUCGAGAGCUGAGAAAAAGGCUUUAAAAAAAGCUAAAAAGCAGGCCAAGAAAAACAGUACUCUGGAGAAAACUGUAAGUUUAUGGAUAGAACAAUCUCCAAAACACAUUGGAGCUCUCUCUCCCCGAAACAAUGUAAGCAACAGCCCCCCAGUAGAUUUAACAGAUAAAAAACACAAGCACCGAGUGAAACAUAAAAAGAAACACAAAGUUAUGAAAAAGAGUGAUGAGAACUCUAGUAAAGAAGAACCCCUAGAAUACUUUAGCAGUGUAAAAGAUGAUUGCUUGAAACAAAAACUCUCAAUUAGCUUACGUAGACUCAGUAGUAACUCAUAUGAGCAGCAAAGUGAUGAAGAAGAUAACGAGAGUGAAACAGUUCCUGAUUUUCCACCGAAUGCUCCGGAAAGUGCAGGUGGAAAGCUGGUGAGGGUGUCUCCAGGAGAUAUUGUUUGGGGCAAGGUUGUGGGCUUUCCAUGGUGGCCUGGACGUGUCCUUAGUGUGACGUCAGCUUCGAGAGCUCAUGUUGCAUGGUAUGCCUCGACGACAUCCUCUCUCAUGCCAUGUGAUAGUUUGAGCCCAUUCCUAGAAGACUAUAAGAUACGCUUUAAUAAGAAGAAACGGGGUCCCUACAAAGAGGCAGUGAAGCAAGCCAUGUUGGAGGCUAGGAGGAUAGAAUCUCAUACGGAUCCUCUAGCUAGUCCGACUCAUCAAAACCUCACAAAUGUUUCCCCACGCCCAAUUGAUGUGUUCUCCUAAUCGUGAUUGUACAAGGUUAUAACAAAACAUUGUGAUAUAUUAAUUUACCUGCACAAACUUUUGACCAUUAGUUGUAAGAAUUAUAGAAGCUGAAUGGACCAGCUAGCUUUCAUUGAACUAAUUUUAUAGAGUGUGCAAUAGUUAGUUGUCUUCUCAUAUCACAAUCUUAGGUUGGGUUGCACCAGAGGCGUGGUUAAAGUUAUGGUUAUAGUU